AUGUCUGAGCAGGAAAUCCAAAAGGGCGACGAAGUGUCGUGGAAGUGGGGCGGUGGUGCGCCCGGCGGUACCGUCUCCGAGGUCGCCAAAGAGGGCGAGAUCGCCAUCGAGUCGAACAAGGGCAACACGAUUAAAAAGAACGCCGAACCCGAGAACCCCGCCGUACUCGUCGAGCGCCCCGGUAACGAUGUCGUGAAGAAAGCUUCCGAGCUCGAGGUCGAAAGCAAGGCCAAUGGCGCCGGGGAUAAGACUGAGGACAAGGCUGAAGACAAGAAGGAGGAAAAGAAGGACGACAACAAGGAGGACGAGAAGAAGGACGACAACAAGGAGAAGGAGGAGACGACCAACGGUGAGAAGAAGGCCGAGGAAGAGAAGGCCGAGAAGAAGGACGAGGAGGAAAAGAAAGAGGAAAGCAAAGAAGAGGAAAAGAAGGAGCCUGCCGAGGAGGCUCCCAAGGCCGAGAAGGAGGAAGAAAAGACUUCAGAGAAGAAGGAGAACGACGAGGCGCAAGCCGGCGAUAAGCGCAAGGCCGAGACUAACGGCGAGGACAAGAAGGAGGGCGAGGAGAAGAAGGCGGAUAACAAGGGCGAUGGCGAACCGCCUGCCAAGCAGCAGAAGACGGAGACUGAGGCAAACGGUAAGAAGGGUCGCGGCAGGCCCAAGAAGGCCGAGAACGGUGAGAAGCCGGCAGCGAAGGCUAAGCCGAAGAGGGAGCCCAAGAAGGCUGCCACUGAGACGGGCGAGCCUAGGCGGAGCUCGAGGAACAAGUCCUCGUAG